AUGAAGAAUUUAGGCGUUUGUUAUCCGGAAGAAUUGGACGGAAUAUUGGAUGCUUUACAAGGGACUGCAAAUUGUUGCAAAUUUAAUCGUUGGGGUUCGUUGGUCGCCGUUGGAAGUAUCGAUGGGCGAGUUUUUAUUUAUGACGUUAUCACGAAAGGAGUUGUUAAGACAUGUGGUAACCAUGGUGUACCAAUAACUUCUUUGAGUUGGUCAAGGAAUGGUCGAAAAUUAUUAACAGCGUCGACAGAUUGGUCGGUUGUGAUUUGGGAUGUCUUGGAAGGUGCACGACUUGAACGUUUUGUGUAUGGAAAUGCUGUUAUCUCAGCGAUGUUCAACCCACGGUCUUUUUUUAAAACUUCUCAAAAGAUUGCUAAUAACCAAUUAGGAGAUAUACUAGUUGCUACAUUUGAUCGUCGUGGCAAAUAUAUUGUUACAGGAAGUAGUAAAGGUAGAAUUGCCUUUUAUGAUUCUAAGACGGUGAAUUUAGUUACGCACAUCAAACAAGGAAAUUCUUUUCACCAAAUUAAAAAUAUCGUAUUGUCCUGUCGACAUGAUUUUUUAAUUACCAAUUCGCAAGAUCGUAUAAUUAGGACUUAUAACAUGAACAAUUUGCUAAAGCGUCCUCCAGGCUCUGUCGUGGAACCCAUGCAGAAAUUAUUGGAUAUUGUUAAUCGAGCAUCGUGGAAAACAAUAUGUGUUUCAAACGAUGGUGAUUAUAUUUGUGGAGGUAGCGCUAAAGGUCAUUCUUUAUAUAUCUGGGAGAGGAAUUCUGGUAGUUUGAUCAAAAUUUUGCAUGGAACAAAGGGCGAAGUUUUGCACGACGUACAGUGGCAUCCAACACGUCCAAUUAUUCUUUCUGUGGCUCAUGGUAUUGUCUCUGUAUGGACCCAAGCACACGUGGAAAAUUGGAGUGCUUUUGCUCCAGAUUUUACUGAACUUGAAGAAAACACCAAGUAUAUUGAGAAGGAAUCAGAAUUUGAUUUGGAAGAUGAAGAUGCUAGUAAUGCCGAGGAGAAUUCAGUGCAAGAAGACGAUAAUGAAAUUAUCAAUGUUAUAGAAAUGAAGUCGUCAAAUACAUUUUAUUGUAGUUCAGAUGAAGAUAGUGAAAGCAGCAUGCGGCCAAAUGAUCUCAGUUCGAAAACUGGUCCUUUGUGGUUUAUUCCUAUUACUCCAGAAAGUGAAAGUUUUGAUGAAAACGUUUCAGUUAACAUUGGUAAUUUUAUUUAA